CUCUGUUGCACCGAAAGCAUGGGCGCGUGAACAGUGACUCAGAAAAAAAACUGAUAAACAGAAACAUGGAGAGUAUAGGCGAUGGAAAAUGGGACAGUUUACCAGUAAAACUUCACCACGACAUACUGCUGACUCUGAAGAAGCUCGGGUUUACUUAUAUGACUCCGGUUCAGUCAGCAUGCAUCCCUCUUUUUAUGAGCAAUAAAGAUGUCGCAGCCGAGGCGGUUACAGGCAGUGGCAAGACUCUUGCUUUUGUCAUUCCUCUGCUGGAAAUCCUCUUGAAACGUGAGGAAACGUUGAAGAAAAUGCAAGUUGGCGCUUUGAUUAUCACACCGACCCGGGAGCUGGCGAUCCAGAUCAGUGAAGUUGUGGGUCAGUUUCUUGAGGAAUUUCCCCAGUUCAGGCAGAUUCUGUUAAUUGGUGGAAGCAACCCCAUUGAAGAUGUAGAAAAGUUCAAAGCUAAUGGGGCAAACAUCGUGAUCGGAACUCCUGGGCGUCUGGAGGACAUGUUCAGAAGAAAAGCCGACGGCCUCGACUUGGCCAGCUGUGUGAAGGCUUUGGACGUGCUUGUUCUAGACGAAGCCGACAGAUUGCUCGACAUGGGCUUUGAAGCAAGCUUGAACGCUAUUUUGGGCUAUCUACCCAAGCAGAGACGCACAGGUCUUUUCUCUGCAACGCAGACUCAGGAGCUAGAAAAGCUGGUGAGGGCUGGCCUCCGAAACCCGGUCCGUAUCACCGUGAAGGAGAAAGGAGUGGCGGCCACUAGCGUGCAAAAGACUCCGGCGAGGCUUAGUAAUUACUACAUGCUCUGUAGAACAGAAGACAAGUUUAAUACACUGGUAGCUUUCCUGAGACAACACAAACACGAGAAGCAGCUCGUCUUCUUUAGUACAUGUGCCUGUGUGGAGUAUUUCGGCAGAGCACUAGAGGUGUUCGUAAAAAAUGUCCCUAUUCUUUGUAUCCACGGCAAGAUGAAGGACAAACGGAACAAGAUCUUCUCUGAGUUUCGGGAAUUAAAGAGUGGGAUUCUUGUGUGCACCGAUGUGAUGGCGAGAGGCAUCGACAUCCCUGAUGUGAACUGGGUGUUGCAGUAUGAUCCUCCAAGCAGCGCGAGUUCUUUUGUGCAUCGAUGUGGCCGAACUGCUCGUAUCGGGAACCGAGGCAGCGCUCUUGUCUUUCUCCUGCCAAUGGAGGAAUCCUACGUCAGUUUUCUGUCUAUCAAUCAAAAAUGUCCUCUUCAGUCGUUUCCUCCUGUUAAAGAUGUAAUGGAUGUGUUGCCCAAACUGAAGGCUUUGGCUCUACGGGACAGGGCCGUAUUUGAGAGAGGAAUGAAGGCGUUCGUCUCGUUUGUCCAGGCUUACGCAAAGCAUGAGUGUAGCCUAAUUUUCCGGAUCAAAGAUCUGGAUUUCGGCGCUUUAGCUCGAGGCUUUGCUCUUCUCCGGAUGCCCAAGAUGCCCGAGUUGAGAGGCAAGACAUUCUCCAACUUCGAAGAAAUCACAGACACUGACUCGAUCCGCUUCAAGGACAAGAAUCGAGAAAAACAGAGACAGAAAUCUUUACAGGAGCAAAAGGAGAGGGAAAUGCAGAUGCCGUUUCGAAAAAAGAACUUUAUUAAAAACAAAGCCUGGUCUAAGCAGAAAUCCAAGAAGGAUAAGAAGAAGAAGAUCGCUGCCAAGAGAAAGAUGAAUGAGGGAUCAGAUGUGGACGAUGAGGACAUUGACGAACUUUUGAGCGACACGCGUCUACUAAAGAAGCUCAAGAAGGGAAAAAUUACAGAGGAAGACUUUGAUAAGCAAAUAAAUGCUGGAAAAAAUCCAAAGCAUAAAAGAGCAGGACCAUCUCAUGAGGACGGAGCAGAAGGAGACAGUGAAUGAACACAAACUUGGACUGUUUUUUAAUUUCUAUAUAAGUGUGCUGUAUCAGCACAGGCAAGUGUUCAUACAGUUUCAUAUUUGAAUAUAUAUAUAUGUAUGUGUGUGUUUAUGUAUGUAAUAUAUAUAUAUACACACACUAUAUAUAAUGUGUGUGUGUGUGUGUAAUCUUAAUCUCAUAUGCAACCUCUUUUAAGAAAUUAACUUUUGAUAACACUUAUUUCAUACAGUCUCAAAAGAGGCUUUCUUGUAACACGAGUUUAAAAAAGAGGGAAGUGAGAAUGCAUCAUUCACAGCUGAGUUCCAGAUGAAGAAUGUCUUGUGCAAAAAUAAAUGUCCGUGUGUUUGCGUAA